AUGUUGAAAUUUGAACUCCGGAUUAUUUCACGCGCCUCCAUAUUCCGAAAUGCGAAGCCUGGCUCGUGGGCAUGCGGCCCGUGUCGACGUGCUAAUCCCCGACCUUUCUUGAACCGCGGAUACGCAACUGAAGCAACCCCCGGAGCUAAGCCAAAGCCAUAUUAUGUCACAACACCUAUAUUCUAUGUCAAUGCCGCACCACACAUCGGUCACCUUUAUACCAUCCUCAUUGCCGAUAUCCUUAAACGAUGGCAGGUCCUCCUUGGAAACGGCGAUGCGAAGCUCCUCACAGGGACAGACGAGCAUGGCAUGAAGAUUCAGCAAGCUGCCCUUCAAAACGGAUUGGAGCCUCAGGCGCUUUGUGACAGGAAUUGCGAGACAUUUAAGGUGCUUGCAAAGGAAGCGAACAUCUCUAACGACCACUUCAUCAGAACGACGGACUCCGCGCACAAGCAGGCGGUGCAAUUUUUUUGGGAAAACCUCAACCAUCGUGGCUAUAUAUAUGAGGGCAAGCAUGAAGGCUGGUACUCUGUCAGUGAUGAGACGUUCUACCCUUCGUCCGCAGUACAGCCAACACUUGACCCGGCGACCGGACGGAAGAUGAUGGCUUCAAUCGAAACUGGAAAGGAGGUAGAGCUGUCACAGGAGACCAACUACCAUUUCAAGCUAUCCGCUUUUCAGGACCGGCUGCUAAAACACUACAAAGAGAAUCCGAACUUUAUCCGUCCUCAGGUAUACAUGGACAGCAUUGUGCAGAAUGUUUCGUCUGGAUUGCAAGAUCUGUCUAUUUCCCGGCCCGUCGACCGCCUGUCCUGGGGAAUCCCCGUUCCUGGAGAUUCGACACAAACCAUCUACGUCUGGCUAGACGCAUUGGUCAACUAUAUCACCUAUGCAGGCUACCCGUUCACACCCGGGCACGAAGAUAAGUCCAUCUGGCCCGCCGACGUCCAUGUCGUGGGCAAAGACAUCACCAGAUUCCACUGCAUCUACUGGCCAGCCUUCUUAAUGGCUCUGGACCUGCCUCUGCCCCGUACCAUCCUGACCCAUGCGCACUGGACGAUGAACCACUCCAAGAUGUCCAAAUCCACUGGCAAUGUGGUCAAUCCGAUGUUCGCCAUGGCGCGGUACGGCGUAGACCCGAUGAGGUUCUACCUAGCUAUGAACGGCGGGCUUGCGAGUGAUACCAACUACGAUAACUCGUUUAUCGUGCGUGACUACAAGCACUCGCUGCAGUUUGGGCUGGGUAACCUGUGCAGUCGGAUGAUGCGAGGCAAAGGGUGGAACAUAAGAGAGUGUGUGAUUGCGGUAACUGGUUCAAACGAUAAGUUGCGAGUUGAGGGUACGGAGGAACUAGACCACAGGGCCUUUUUGGAGGAGGCUCCAGUUCUUGUGUCGAAACAGAUGGACGAAUUGAACCCUCGAAGGGCGUUGGAGGAGAUUAUGAGGAUUAUCGAGCAGACAAACAAAUAUGUACAGGAUGCUGCACCCUGGCGUCUGGCAAAGAUGACAGACGACCCGAAGUCCUCUGAACGACUGACUGGCGUAGUCUACAACACGGCCGAGUCUCUCCGCAUUGCCGGCAUACUCUUACAGCCCUUCAUGCCCGGAAAAGCCAAGGAGCUGCUCGACAAGCUCGGCGUAGAGCAGGAUAUCAAGAAGCGGUCGUUCACCGCCGCGACGUAUGGCUUUGACCUCGACUAUGGGACACCGAGCGAGCCGCUGGGCGAAGGAAAGAAAGGGACACUAUUCCCGCCCCUACUGACCGAAGACUGA